UAUCGAUAUCAAGCAUUUAGACGUGUAGUGUACAAAAUGGAUUGCUUCUUGCAACUCGCCCUAUUCUUUGUUGCUCUGCCGUUCACAGUGCAAGAGACAGUAAUGGAUGGCGUGUGUCAGUGUGCCGCAAUGCCGGUUGGGAAAUCAGAAUCAAUCAUCGAACGUUCUUUCGAGUUUAAUGUCACGUGCAACGAGGAGGGGGAAGAGAAGUGUAUUAGAUUUUGCAUCGCUAUGGCGGAAACCGCGAAGGACAAGGCGCCAAAUAUCAUUUGUGAGAAGCUAAACGGCCACGUGGACAAUCUGUUGGUCAGAAUGUAUGCGAACGUCUGUUCCCCGCCCAACUGGAAGUAUACGAACAAGGAGGAAAAGAAUCCAAUCUGUUGUCACGAGGGAAAAUCGAUACCUUGCGGGAAUCCGACGCCAUCGAUCCACGAUUAA